GAGCCACGCGUCCGUCCCAAAUCAAGCACGCCAUUGCUGGAAGCGCGCUGCAGCAGAUCCGGCAUCCUCCGGCCCGGUCUGCUCUGCUGACGCCUGACGGAGAAAACGAGGAGAAUCCCUCUUCUUCCCGCCAGUCCUACUCAGUCAACGCCUGCGAUGAGAGAGAAAAAUGGAGAAGAAAGCGAGAAUAGGAGCUGCGCUUAAUUUUAGUCUGUCUUCUCCUUUUCGUUGCCCGUUCAGGUUAGUUGUUGUACUCCGUGCGACGGGGUUUCCAUGAUUGGCACCUCAUCAGAUCGCUGUGGCUUGCAACGAUUGGGGUUCGGUAGCAGUUUUUGACGCUCCCUUCGAUCCUCUUUUCUCCAGAGGGCCUUGUUCCGACCCUUGAUCACUCGAGAUUGUGAGGUAGUGGAGAGUGGAAGCUGUUGCUUGAAGAAAUUGUGGAUCGGGCAAGUAGUAAGAAGAAUGUCGAAGGUAAUAUAUGAAGGAUGGAUGGUGCGCUAUGGUCGGAGGAAGAUCGGCCGUUCGUUCAUCCACAUGCGGUACUUCGUACUCGAGACUAGGGUUCUUGCUUAUUACAAGAGGAAGCCCCAGGGUAACAUGGUUCCUAUCAAAACGCUUUUCAUAGAUGGGAAUUGCAGGGUGGAGGAUAGAGGUCUUAAGAUUCACAAUGGACAUAUGGUUUAUGUACUGUGUGUGUACAACAAAAAGGACAAGUACCAUCGAAUUAUGAUGGCAGCAUUCAACAUCCAGGAAGCUCUGAUCUGGAAGGAGAAAAUUGAAUCUGUGAUUGAUCAGCAUGAUUUAAACACAGCUAAUGGAAAUAUGGUACAUGCUUCAUUUAUGGCCAAAGCUGGCAUUAAUCCUGAUAGGAAUGCUUCUUCAUCUGACCGGGAAAGCCUGGCAAGUGCUGAAGAGGAGGAAGAGAACAACCGCUCAUUGAUGCGCAGGACAACAAUUGGCAAUGGCCCUCCCGAAUCGGUGCUUGAUUGGACACGGGAGGGUGACUCGGUUUUAUCAAAUCAAAGUACUUCAGAUCAAGUUUUUUCUAGAAAACAUUGGCGUCUUGUCAGAUGCCAGAAUGGUCUUCGAAUUUUUGAAGAGCUUUCGGAAGCUGAUUACCUUCCUCGAAGUUGUAGUAGAGCAAUGAAAGCUGUGGGUGUAGUGGAGGCCACUUGUGAAGCAAUUUUUGAACUUGUGAUGUGCAUGGAUGGAACCCGAUUCGAGUGGGACUGCAGCUUCCAGUAUGGAAGUUUAGUAGAGGAGGUAGAUGGACAUACUGCAAUAUUGUAUCAUAGACUGCAGCUGGGCUGGUUUUCCAUGUUUGUUUGGCCACGUGAUCUUUGCUAUGUGCGCUACUGGAGACGUAAUGAUGAUGGGAGUUAUGUUGUGCUAUUUCGGUCUAGGGAGCAUCCAAAUUGCGGUCCACAACCAGGAUUUGUUAGGGCCCAUAUUGAGAGUGGUGGAUUCAAAUUUUCUCCUCUAAAAUCACGAAACGGGAGAACUCGAACGCAAGUACAACAUCUCAUGCAAAUUGAUUUGAAAGGAUGGGGUGUUGGAUAUUUUCCAUCAUUUCAGCAACAUUGUUUACUUCAGAUGUUGAACAGCGUAGCUGGAUUACGUGAAUGGUUUUCCCAAACAGAUGAAACCCACACAGUCCCAAGUAUACCAGUUAUGAUGAGUAUUGCGUCGGAUUCAGUUUCUUCCAAGAAGGGAAGGAGAAGCGAGGACAACUCUACGCAGUCAGUUCCUUUGGAUCAAUUGCAUUCUGCUGGUGGAAAUUCUGUAUUAUUGGAUGAAGAAUCUGACGAGGAUGAAGAUUACCAAAGUCCUGAGCCUGAAGAUGAGCUGGAGUCUGUUAAGGCUGAGAAUGCUAUGAAGCAAGCAGAUGAGGAUCCAUUGGAUCAGCUUGAUUUGUCAUGCUUCUCUGGCAAUUUACGACGUGAUGACCGUGAGAAUAGUCGAGAUUGUUGGAGAAUACCUGAUGGAAACAACUUCAAAGUCCGUAGCAAGACUUUCUGUUAUAACAAAACAAAGAUACCUGCAGGAAAACCUCUUAUGGAGCUUGUAGCAGUUGAUUGGUUCAAGGAUGUGAAAAGGAUUGACCAUGUUGCGAGGAGACGAGGCUGUGCGGUUCAGGUUGCCUCUGAGAAAGGACUGUUCACGUUCGUCAUAAAUGUUCAAGUUCCAGCUUCAAACCAUUACAGUAUGGUCUUUUAUUUUGUGUCAAAACCACUAGUUCCUGGGUCAUUGCUGCAGCAUUUUGUUGAUGGUGAUGAUGAAUUCCGAAACAGUAGAUUCAAGCUAAUUCCCUCUGUUCCUAAGGGUUCUUGGAUAGUUCGUCAGAGUGUUGGAAGCACCCCAUGCUUGCUAGGAAAAGCAGUUGAUUGUUCCUAUAUUCGCGGACCAAAAUAUUUGGAAGGUUGGCUCUUGCAGAUUGAUAUUGAUAUUGGUUCCUCUACUGUAGCCAAUGGAGUACUGGGACUUGUCUUUGGUGUAAUUACUACAUUGGUAGUUGACAUGGCAUUUCUUAUACAGGCAAACACUUACGAGGAGCUCCCUGAGCGGCUCAUCGGAGCUGUUCGCGUUUCGCAUUUGGAACUUUCUUCCGCUACUGUUCCACUGCUCGAGUCGAGCCCAACACAUAACUGAAUGAGGCGUUAAACUGCUGAUCUUGCAAUCCAAAUUCCUUCAACCUUUCUGGCUCAUUAAGGUUUCAUUUGGGACGGUUUUUUUACUGCUUCUUGAAGGAAGCAUGAUCAGUUUAGCAAGACUGCAUCGUUCAACUAUAAUGUUGCAGCAGGAAAAUUCCUUCUCCGGUUGUGCUAAACCAGUAGCGUAAAAAGGUAAGAUGUUCACACAAGUCAUCCUUCAUCACAAGUGUUUUAGAGCUCUGCCUGCGCUAAAGACCUCAGGGCCUUCGCGCUGAAUAAUACAUUCUAUCCGUUGCACUGCAAAUAUUGGAACUUGGGGCUUUAAAACUGUUUUCCCCCUUUUAUUAUUUUAGUUCUCUUUCUUUCUUUCUUUGCAAAGUCCAGCGUCAAUGAUGUAAAAUAUAGCAAAUUUUAUUGUGUACAAAAAAAAAAGAGCUAAUGAUGUUGAUGAGUGCGUGAAAAAAGAGUGAUUACUUUGUGAUAGAAAUCUGAAGUUUUGGAUCAUCAGCUUAUACGAAUCUUCAAUGUUUCCUUAA